UUCUCUCCAAUCGAACGAUUACAAAAACGCCCUAGACCUGAUGACGACGCGUAUAGUCCUCCUCCUCUUGAUACCCACAGCGCUAUCGCCAUCAUCACCAGCCAGAGACUCAUCAUCAGUAAUCUCAAAAUUCAUCUCUUCAGCCCCACCGGCGGCAUCAUCAAUAGCAUGAUUUCCCACCGCAUGCGCCAAACUAGCGAAUUCAUCCGAGUCCAGCUCCACCUCUUCAACAACAUUACCAUGACCAUUAUUAACAAUAUCUCUCGUUGCCAAGUCCUCUUCUUCUUCGGCUGGCGGACUCAGCUUCAAUAA